GCCCCAAUGCGCUGGAGUUUGAGUUGUUCACUGCAGCUCAGAGAGAGAGAGAGAGAGAGAGAGAGCAUUUGUGCUGACUGCGGCAAUCCUACACCCUGCUCCCAGCCUCAUGCCCCUCCACAAAGGUCAUGAACCCAGCCACCAAUGUGCAGGAUCUGGUGAAGAGUUACUAUGGAAAACGGCUGAGAAGCUCAGAGGAGCUGCAGACCGAUGUGUCCUGCUCCUUAAAAUGUGGCCCGCCAAGUAAAUCAGCUUGCGAUGCCAUGGCACUCAUCCACCCCGAAGUCUCUAGCAGAUAUUUUGGAUGUGGCCUUGUGAUCCCAGAGAGUUUGGGAGGAUGUCACGUGCUGGACCUGGGCAGUGGGUCUGGCCGCGACUGCUUCAUCCUGAGCAAGCUGGUGGGACCUCUUGGCCGUGUGACUGGAGUGGACAUGACUGAUGAGCUGAUCCAAAUCUCGAGGAAGUAUGUUCCGUAUCACCAGGAGAAGUUUGGAUACAAGGAAACAAACACAGAUUUUGUCCAGGGUUAUAUUGAAAAAUUGGGAGAGGCUGGGAUUCGAUACAACAGCUAUGAUCUUAUAGUAUCGAACUGCGUCAUCUGCUUGUGCGGCGACAAGAUGGCCGUCUUCGAGGAAGCUCACCGCGUCCUUAAGGAAGGCGGAGAAAUGUAUUUCAGUGACAUGUACGCCAGUGAGCCUGUGGAUGAAGAACUGAAGAAGGAUGCCCGACUCUGGGGGGAGGGACUGGCGGGAGCCCUGUAUUGGAAGGAUUUAAUCAGGCUGGUGAAGUCUGUGGGUUUCAGCACACCUUACCUGGUCACUGCCAGCCACAUCAACAUCCAGACGCCGGAACUCCUCCGACAAACCGGAAACGUGCGCUACGCCUCUGGAACCUACCGCUUUUUCAAGCUGCCUGCAGUGAGGAAUGAGGGGAGAGACCUCGUGACGUACAAGGGAACCGUCAGCGAACACCUGCACGAACUGCACUUCGAUUCUGUUCACACUUUCAAAAAGGACAAACCAGUGGAGGUUGACGGAGAGCUGGCCAUGGUGCUAAAAGCCUCCCGCUUUGCCUCUCACUUCAUCAUCGAACCUGCCGAGAGAGGGGAAGCACCUUUAAAAGAUGAGCCUCAGCAGUGCUGUCACUUAAACCCCUUCCUGCUAGCAGACACACUGGGAUCAUCCAUCCAGCAAUGCUCUAAAGUGCAGAAAGCUACCCUUUGUGGAAAUAAGACUGAAGAGGCAAGCAAACGUCCAGUGCUUGAAGGCUGAAGAAGGCUAAAGCGGGGGCUCGGCGAUCGUUUCGCUGAACACCUUCGCUCAGACCACCUGGACCUGCCUGAUCACACGGGUGCCAGACACUUUAAUUCCCCUUUCUUACCCUUCUGUCCUAGGCCUCCUCCAUUGUCAGAGUGAGGCCAAAUGUAAAUUGGAGUAACAGCAUUUCACAUACCGCUUGGGCAGCUUACGACCCAGUGGUAUCACUCUUGAUUUCUCUAAAAAGUAACCCCUGCAUUCCCUCUCUCUCCGUCCCUUCCCACCCAAGUCGUUCCAGCUUCAAAGUCAUCUUGUUGAGUCUCAUUCUUGUAUUCAUUCUCACCGAACAAACAGCUAAAUGAAGAAGGGUCUCGACCCGAAACGUCACCUAUUCCUUCGCUCCAUAGAUGCUGCCUCACCCGCUGAGUUUCUCCAGCAUUUUUGUCUACCUUCGAUUUUUCUAUCCUGCAGUUCCUUCUUAAACAGCUAACAAUGACCCGUUUCCUGUAUCAUGGUUACUUUUUUGCAUAUGUCAUUCAUUUGUUCUCUCUCUCUCUACAUCACACGUCUCUGUCUCCCCUUUCCCUUAUCCCCUGACUCUCAGUUUGAAGAAGGGUCUCGACCCAAAACGUCACCCAUUCCUUUCCCCCAGAGAUACUGUUUGACCCGCUGAGUUACUCCAGCUUUUUGUGUAUAUCUUCAGUUUUUAAAACCGGCAUCUGCAGUUCUUUCCAACACAUAAAGAUUUAUACAUUAUGUUUUAAGGCACCGCAGAUGCUGGUUCUAAACCCGAAGACAGACACAGUAACUCAGCGGACCAGGCCUGGAGAGAAGGAAUAGGUGACGUUUCAGGUCAAGACCCUUCUCCAUGGUCAACCCGAAACGUCACCUAUUCCUUCUUUUAAGAAGCCAUAUUACUUCUGCAAACCGCUUUUGUUAAAUUUUAAUCAAAAUUGUUCAAUUAAAAAAAUUAAUCCCCUG